CAGUCUAAUGAUGAUGUUGAUUCUCUAUCCAAAGCAUAACAUUUGCAAUUACCAUACGCCAUCUCGCACCUAUAAUUGUACUCAAACAACACAAUAGUUCAAAUCCAUACAAACCGCAUUGCUCACACGAAGAAUCACACAAAAACACGCACAAUAGACUUCGCAAAAUGGCUAUCACAACAGGUCAAAAGCAAGCUCUAAUGGAGAACUUGCAAUUGGAAAGUAAGUAAUUUACUCCAAAAACGCGCCAAAGUACAUACUAAAUUUUAUUCAAACAGUUACUGAACGUGCCAGAAAGCUCAGAGCACAAUACAAUGUUCAAGCUCAAGGUUUAAAGACGCGUAUUGAAAUUCGCGUUAAUCGUAUACCAAUUUCAAUGCGGAAAAAAAACAUUGGAGAUUUGUUCGAGAAACACAACAAUACUGGUGCACAAGCAGCGCGUAAUGAAGUUGGACCACCAGUUCCACCCAAAAAUACUCAAAAGAAAAUUCCUGUCGCAGAGUCUGAGAGUGGUUCAAGUACUCAAAGCACAACAUCAUCCCGCACUAGCAAAAGGAAUAGGUAUGUUUUCCCCGCAAGUACAUGGACCAUAUAUUAACAAUGUGAAGUGACGAGGCUUGUUUGGACAAGGAAAACAAGAUUGAUAAUCCAAAGAAACGUCAAAAGGCUGCUCCUAUUUUACCUGAAAGAACCACUUCCCGUGUUAAUAUGGAUCCGAAACAAAUACUUUCACCAAGAUCCGCAAACUCCCGGACUUUACCUGCCUCACCAAUUAAACCUGCACCACCAGCCAAAUCUACCACAGAUUCUCGCCCACCUACUAGAACAGGAAGGAAAAUUGCACCACAUACAAACCCUGCUGGAGCUGCUCGAGCAAAAUCCGCAUCCGCAACCUCAGGUCCAAAGACUACACGAGGAAGAAAUGUCAGCAAUACCAGUACGGAAACUGUUAUUGUUAAAAAGGCGACUGCUGCAAAAGUCAAAAAGGCAGCGGCUACACAAUCUACACAACCUACACAAUCGGCUAGCACCGCUGUUGGAAGAGUUUUAAGAAAGAGAGCAUGAAAUCGUUUCAUUAGCUAUGAUCGCAUGCAUUUCUAGUUCAAAUGGAACUUAUCUUUUUGUUUAUAAGCACUCAAACUCAAUUGAAACACUCCUACUGUGGAGUGGGGAACUUCCUCUAUGUUUUUGAUUAAGGAUCUUAUGGGCUGUGACCCCUUCUUUAAUUGACAUUCAUAGGGCAUAUAGAACCUUGAUAUUGUGGCUUGUGGUUUGAACUUGGACUGUUGUAUCAAAGCUAGAAUUGGGGUGAUGGUUGGUAGCGAAAUGGAGGAUAGAAUUGUCUUUCUUGGAAAUGGAUAAUGAGGCUUUUUUGAAUCUUUAGCGAUUGGGAUAAUGGAUGGUUUGCAUUUUAUGAGCUUUUUGGGACAAGAGAAGGCAAGGGUUAUUGUAUAAGCUUCUUGGGGACAUUGGGAAGAAGAGGAUCAUUGGCGUUUGGUUGUUUUAUACUAAUAGAAUACAUUUUUAUUGUAUGCAUGUGUUGCGGUGAGUGAUUAAGACCCUUCACAUCUGUAUGGAAUUCCUUCUUGAUAGAAUUGCCUAAUAUAAGCACG